AUGUCUUCCAACAACAAAGCUUCGGGCUCUAACCCUACUGGCUCCUUUUCCCUCAUGAACCUUUGUGGGAGGGUCAUCUUUGAUGGUUCCAACUUCAUGGAUUGGAUCCGGAACAUCAGGAUGGUUACUCGUUACGAGGACAAGGAAUAUGUCCUCGAUAAGGAGCUAAAGGAGCUUGAUGAGUCCACUGCUACUCCUGAGGAGGUCGCUGAGUAUCAGGCACAUGAAAGAGAUGCCACCAAGGUGGCAUGCAUCAUGAUGGCCACCAUGACAGCUGAACUCCAAAAGUCCUAUGAGGACUAUUACCCUUUUGAGAUGCAUCAGGAUCUGAUGGAAAGGUACCAUCAGAGUGCUCGUCAAGAGCGGUAUGAAAUAAUCUCCUCCAUGAUCACUACCCGUAUGAAGGAUAGCGAACCAAUCACGAGCCACAUGCAGAAAAUGCAAAGGUAUGUGGACCGUCUAAUGAAACUGAAUGUGAACUUCCCUGAGGAGUUGGCAAUUGAUAUCAUUUUGCACUCCUUGCCAUCGUGUUAUGAUCAAUUUCGUAUGACAUACCACAUGAACAAGGAGGAAGUCACACUCAGUAAGCUUCAAGGACUUCUGAAGACUGCCGAAAGUGGUCUUAAGAGUAAGUCGGUUGCUACUCCUACUCCUACUACUACCCCUGUUUUGGCUAUCGGGCAAGGCAAAGGGAAGAAGAGGAAGCACCCUUCGAAGGGUACCAAGGGAAAGUCCCUUGAAGGCUCCUCAUCUGGAACCAAAGGUGGUUCUAUCACUCCUUCUGCCAUCCCUAAGGAUGCUGAAUGCUUCUACUGUCAAAAUAAGGGGCACUGGAAGCGAAACUGCCCAAAGUACUUGCAGGAUGUCAAGGAUGGGAAAGUGAAACCAUCCCAUGCAGGUUGUGGUAUUCACAUCUGUUGUGACUUGCAGGGCCUAAGAAGAAGUGAGGAUGUGGAGCACGGAAAGAUAAACUUAAUCAUGGGGAACAAGAAGGUUGCACCUGUUACCAAGAUUGGAGUUUAUACUUUGUUGCUAGAUAGUGGGUUAAAGUUAGAUUUGAAUAAAUGUGUGUACUCGUCUGAAAUGGCGAGGAAUAUUAUUUCCUUUCAUGCUUUGUACAAACAAGGUUUUACCUUUUCUUUUGAUAAUGAAGUUGGUAGUAUUAAUGCUUUCUUUAAUAAUGUUCUUUAUUUUAAAGCAUUACCUUGUGAUGGUGUGUAUGAAGCUGUAUCGGUUGUAGAUAAUUUAGGAAAUAAUGUAUUAUGUAUUGAUUCUUCUACUAGCUUGGAUAAAGCAUCUUUGUGGCAUUGUCGUCUUGGACAUGUAAGCAAGAAACGCAUAGGCCAGCUCCAAAAGGAUGGAGUCUUGGAGUCGUUCGACCUCAAGUCGGAUGAUAGUUGUGAGUCUUGUCUACUUGGAAAAAUGACAAAAUCACCCUUCACUGGUACUUGUGCAAGGGGUGAGGAUAUGGUUAUGUCUACUUAA